CUGCAUGGCGGCCGGCUCCCCCUCCCCCUGCCUCCUCCCUCUCCCGCCUGCAGAAAACCGAUGCAUCAUUUCCAGCCGAAUCCAAUCCUGCCUCUCCAAUGCCCUUUCGCUCCCUCCCUCUCCCCUCCCUUCCCUCCCGCCUCCCUCUGCUCUCCUUGAGCCUUCCUGGCCGGCUUGUAAUCCGACACAGGCGCCGAGCACUGCGGUCUCAGCCGCGCCGAGAGGAUGACCCUUCUUACCUGAACCAGCGCACCUGGUGUGUGUGUGGGGGAUAUCCUGACUGCGGGAAGACCUUACUCAAACUCCUCAGCCUUGCCUCAUCCUGAGACCAAGGGUUCAGCAGCGGGACACGGUGAGAGUGGACCAUGCCUGGCUUUUCCCCACACGCCCCGUAGUGUCGAAGAGAGACGCGUCCGAGCCACGCUGGAGAACCUUGAGCAGGUCCUCAAGCACAUGCGUGAGGCCGCUGGGCGGCGGCAGCAGCUGGAGUUGGAGCAUGAGCAAGCCCUGGUUGUCCUCAACGCGAAGCAGCAGGAGAUCGACCUUCUGCAGAAGGCUCAGGUUGAAGCUAAGAAAGAGCAUGAAGGUGCCGUGCAGCUGCUAGAGAACAAGGUGCGGGAGCUGGAGGAGCGAUGCCGAGCGCAGAGUGAGCAGUUCAGCCUGCUGUCACGGGACCUGGAGAAAUUUCGGCAGCAGGCAGGGAGGGUCGACCUGCUGGCCGGCAGCCCCACGGCCCCUGGCAAGCCUUUCCCUCAGUUCAUGAACGGACUCGCCGCUUCCCUCGGCACAGGGCCCGAGAGCAUCCUGGGGAGUCACACUGUGCUCGGUGAGUGUGCCCGGCCAUUCCUGCUGCCCGUCCCGGGCGGCAGCCCGGAGCCCCUGCCUGCCACACCCGCCUUCCCGCACAGCCCACGAUGCAGACCUGAGCCAGGCAUGGACAAUGACGAGAACUCCGGCCCCUCCAGGCAGAGAUACUCGGGGAAGGCGCGCCUCUGUGUUGCCCGCUACAGCUAUAACCCUUUUGAUGGGCCCAAUGAGAACCCAGAAGCAGAACUGCCCCUCACGGCAGGGAAGUACCUCUACGUCUACGGGGACAUGGACGAGGACGGGUUCUAUGAAGGUGAGCUGCUGGACGGGCAGCGGGGCCUGGUGCCCUCCAACUUUGUGGACUUUGUCCAGGACAGUGGGACUCGGCUGGCCAGCACUCUGGCCGGCGAGCCCGAGCAGAACUUCGUCAACCACCCUGGCCUGGACCUGCACUCCCCCACGCUCCUCGAGCCCAGCCUCCCCGACAGCGGCACGUUGGACACCAGCCUCGCCGACCUCGGAGAAGACGCCGUGCCUUACCCUCGGAAAAUCACCCUCAUCAAGCAGCUCGCCAAAAGUGUUAUCGUGGGCUGGGAGCCGCCAGCCGUGCCGCCGGGCUGGGGCGCCGUGAGCGGCUACAUGGUGCUGGUGGACCAGGAGCCGCGGCUGAGCCUGGCGCUGGGCGGCAGGACCAAGGCCCUGGUGGAGAAGCUCAGUGUGGCGGCUUGUACUCACCGCGUGUCCGUGCAGUGCGUGACCAGCAGGGGGCGCUCCGACCAGCUGCAGUGCACCCUGCUGGUGGGCAAGGACGUGGUGGUGGCGCCCUCCCACCUGCGCGUGGACAACAUCACCCAGGUCUCGGCACAGCUCUCCUGGGUGCCCACCAAUAGCAACUACAGCCACGCCAUCUUCCUCAAUGAGGAGGAGCUGGGCGUGGUGCAGGCGGCCAGGUACAAGUACCAGCUGGUCAACCUUAGGCCCAGCACGGCCUACACAGUGAAGGUGCUGGCCCGGCCCCACCAGGUGCCCUGGCAGCUACCCCUGGAGCAGCGGGAGAAGAAGGAGGCGGCCGUGGAGUUCUGCACGCUGCCUGCAGGGCCUCCUGCCCCUCCCCAAGAUGUCACUGUCCAAGCUGGGCCCACCCCCACCAGCGUCCUGGUCUCCUGGAGGCCACCGGCUCUGAGUGCCACUGGCCUGUCCAAUGGAGCUGACGUGACCGGCUACGGUGUAUAUGCAAAGGGCCAGCGGGUGGCGGAGCUCAUGGCGCCUGCGGCGGGCAGUGUGGCCGUGGAGCUGCUGCGGCUGCGGGGCCUGGAGGCCAAGGCCGUGAGCGUGCGCACGCUGUCCGCACAGGGCGAGUCGGAGGACUCGGCCCCUGCCGCCAUCCCCCCCGACCUCCUGGUGCCUCCCCCCACACACCCGAGAGCCGCUCCCCCACCACAGCCGUCAGCAGGUGCCACGGGCGUCCCCAACACCAAAGACGAGCACUUGGGGCCCCAGGCCCGGGUGGGCGGGGCCUGGGAGCCGAGCCGGGCCCCUGCCCCUGCCCACGGACACAUGCUGGAGCCGCCCGGCCCCGGGAGAAGGUCGCCCUCACCCAGCCGGAUCCUCCCGCAGCCGCAGGGUGCCCCCGUGUCCUCCUCUGUGGCCAAGGCCAUGGCCCGGGAAGCUGCGCAGAGGGUGGCCGAGAGCAGCAGGCUAGAGAAACGGAGCCUGUUCCUAGACAGGGGUGCUGGGCGCUACGCCAACUCGGAUGAGGAAGAUGCCUUCGAGUCCCCUGGCACCCAGCGGAGGGCCGUGAGCGUGGACGAGUUCCUGAAAGGCUCUGAGCUGGGCAAGCAGCCACACUGCUGCCACGGAGAUGAUCACCACACUGAGAGUAGCCGGGGCUCCGACCUGUCGGACAUCAUGGAGGAGGAUGAGGAGGAGCUGUACUCGGAGAUGCAGCUGGAAGAGGGCGGCCGGCGACGGCCCAGUGGCACCUCCCACAGCGCCCUCAAGGACGGCACUCCCCUGGACCAGCCCGAGUGCCCCCCACAGGCCCAGCACUGUGCCAUGCUGUCAAGCAUCCCCGAGGUGGCCGAGGAGGACACGGAGCAGCGGGAGGCCUGGCGCCCACGGGGUGCUGGCACUCGGUCCAGGCCCUGCUGGGGGGGUGCAGCCGCCCGGGGUGCCCGGCCCCUGGCCAGGUCCCGCGCCCCUGGGCUCCACGCCGAGGACUGCCCGCUGGAGGACUGGGGUGGUCGCUGCAGCCGCUUGGCCACCCGGAGCCCAGACAGUGGCCUGGACUGCGGGAGUGAAGAGGAGGAGCCUCGGGUCCAUGUCAGGAGCCCACGGCAGCCCCAAGCCCUUCGGGCAGCGUCCCGAGGCCCUGCUGGCCCACGGCAGCCCGAGCCCUGCCCCUGCCGGCGCUGCCUCAGGCCCCUGCUGGCCCGGCGGCGCACGCUGACCCGGCAGAACAGUGUGGAGGGGGACUUUGGGGAGCUUGUGGACCCCCGUGACGGCAUCUGGAGCGAUGAGCCCCCGCCAAGCCCCGAGAGGUCCGGGAAGGCCUGCUGGGAGCAGCUCCCGGGGCAGGAGUGUCCGGCGGCCUGGAGGAGAGGCCCCGCGCCGUCCGCCCUCCGGGACCCCGCGCAGCUGUCCGCCCGGGCUGCAGGAGGUCCCUGGAUCCUCGGGACUCCGAUGGCUGCAGGACGGGCUGACAGAGCAGAACACGCGGGCCGGACUCUUCCCCGCAGCAGUGCAGGCCCCCAGCGGGCACGGCCAGGGAAGGGGCCGGCCAUCGAUGACUCCAGUGGGCGGGACCUGCUCUCCCCAGACUUCUAUGAGGGGUCGGAGACUGACCCCGGGGCCGAGGAGCUCCCAGCACGUGUCUUCGUGGCUUUGUUUGACUACGACCCCCUCACCAUGUCCCCGAACCCGGACGCUGCUGAGGAGGAGCUUCCCUUCAAGGAGGGGCAGAUCAUCAAGGUCUACGGUGACAAAGAUGCCGACGGCUUCUACCGCGGGGAGACCUGUGCGCGCCUCGGCCUCAUUCCCUGCAACAUGGUAUCAGAGAUCCAGGCCGACGACGAGGAGAUGAUGGCCCAGCUGCUCCGACAGGGCUUCCUGCCCCUCAGCACGCCCGUGGGCAAGCCGGAGAGAAGCAGAGGUGGCCGGAGGCCCUCGGUCUCCACGCGGAGGAUGGUGGCCUUGUACGACUAUGACCCCCGGGAAAGCUCACCCAACGUGGACGUAGAGGCCGAGCUGACGUUCUGCACUGGGGACAUCAUCACUGUGUUCGGGGAGAUCGAUGAGGAUGGUUUCUACUACGGGGAGCUUAACGGGCAGAAAGGCCUCGUACCUUCCAACUUCCUCGAAGAGGUGCCUGAUGAUGUGGAGGUCUAUCUCUCGGAUGCACCAUCCCACUACUCACAGGACACGCCCUUGCGACCAAAGGCCAAAAGGGUUCCUCCUGAGGGUUCAGGGACAGCAAGGAGCGCGCCAUCCCCCACAGUCCAUCUCCAUUCGGGGUCACCUACGUCAUCUUUGGGUACUGGUAGUCCCGGGCGAGGCAGGGAAAUGUCCUCAAGAAAGAAAAAGGGGCUGCUUACCAGAGGCAAGAACCUGCUGAAAAGGCUGGGUGCUGUGAGAUGACCGAGCGCUCCCGGACAGCCGCCCAGUAACCCUCACUAGGGCUUUCAUGACUCAAGCGCUUCCCAGACACACCUCCCCUGACACCGGGCGGGCCGACCACGCCAGGACAGAGCCCAUCUGCUCCAGGCGCCCGAGCUCUGCCGGAGGUGAGGCGAGGCGGGGGUCUCCUGUAGCCCCCGCAGCUCCCGCCCUCCCCGUGACCCCAGUCUCUGUGCAUUCGUCAUCUGCCCUUAAAAGGAAUGAUUUCAGCUUUGCUCCCUUUUCAAAAUGCUUGCCUCAUGAUGCAUAACGCUCACUUUGACUCUGGUCUUGAAACUACUAGUUUUAUCCGCCUUGAUGUUCUGCCUUAUAAAAAUGCACAAUGGUGUGUACUGUCUAAUAAAACCCACGGUGUGUACAUUGUCUGUGUUGUGCAUUCAGUGCCCUUCAUCCUCACUCACACACAGUGGUCUGAAAUCCACUUUUACAGGCUGUGCAUCUUUAGAUAUUGGCUUCUUGUCUUUCAAAGCAAGCCAGACAACACACAGGAAAAUGUUUACUAACUAAAAUCAUUCAAAAGAGAGAGGAGAGAAAGUAAUUGUUUGGAAAAGUCCUCUACCCACUAGCCGGCUGCCAGCUGGUCAUACUCAUUUGCUUUUAGUGUUACAUUUUGUGGCAUAUGGAUUUGUUACUUUCAUUAUUUGUCAAGAUGCCAUACAUAGUAUUCAACAAUGAGCAGCACACAAAGUAACUCACAUGAUGCAUAAGCCACCUCCCAAAUUCGUCUUUUCCAAAAUAUCUCAUACCACUCUCUAUCAUUGGCACUCACUUGAAGAUUGACAAAGUUGCUGGCAGAUGUAUUUGACGUUACUAUUUUGUAAUUCUUGUUUGCUUGUAAAUUGUUUUUACUCUUUAUACACACUUUUCAGACUGCCUUUCUUUUGUAAUUUAUGGAAGGUUUAUAAAUGAAUGAAAAAGCUUUUCCCCAUUGUGUCUUCAAAAAUGACUGUAAAUUGUAUAUUAGUAUGUGGUACAUUGAUUAUGAGGAAAUUGCUUAAUUACUGUGUGGGUGUGUGCAUGUGUACAGUUAGUGUAAAAUAUUUUAUAGAAAUAAAAUUUGUUAUUUUAUACAA